AUGAUUACGGGAGCUGAAGGCCGGCAAAAUCACACGUUAUUAGAUAUAAAGAAACAACAAUGGGCUAAAGAAAAGGAGGAGAUUGCCAAAUUGGAUGAAAUGUUUUCCUCCUCUAUGCAAUCAUCAUCUUCCACACAUCAUCACCAGAAAAUAGAACGCACUUCCAUACGCACUUACUACUCCAACCUGGAUCUGAGUCAGACCUCUAAGAGAAGCUCAAGGCAACAUUUAUAUCAACAACAACAGCAGCAGCAGCAACAGCAACAACAAUCCUACAAUAAUAAUAUGCAAUCCUCUAAUAACAGAAACCCCAAUUCCAAACAAAGACCUCAACUCCAACAAUCCCAGCCAGCUGUAGAUAACCAGUUGGUGAAAAGAGGACCAGAGGAUUACAUGAAUAAUUAUAUUGAUCGAGAUGAUGAAGACUUCUUAGAUGAUAUGGGACAUGAAGGAGAUUUUGAGGAUGAUUUACAGCCUUAUAUGAAAAUGAGAAGGAACAGCCAUCAUCCGGGACGAGCGCCUUUAUUAAAUCAACGUCAUAAUACUACUAGUAUGAUGUCGCAACAACCUGGACAACGUAAAUAUUCUUAUGUGGAACUAAUGCCCAAUACUUUGCAAACAGCCAAGGGUAGAAUACAAAAUCAAAAUACACAUAUGCAACGUAUACGUAGUCCUAGUUUGCCCGUCAUACGUCACCGGGGUGACUAUUUUUCCUAUAAUCAACAGCAGCAGCAGCAGCAGCAACAACAGCAGCAGGAUAAAAUUCCUUUAAAGUUAGCUAUAAAUCCACAUAACACACAACUUAUUAGUGGGGAUCCUGGUAACCAGCAGCAACAACAACAACAACACCAUCAUCGACUAAACAAUCAGUUACAGGUAUUGCCAGGGAAUCCAGCGAAUGGUUGCCAGGAAGAAGACACUUCAGGCUAUUUAAGUGAUUCUCCUAAAAAUAUACACACCCCUAAUAUUUGGUUUAAUGAUGGCGCUAGUCAGGUGGAGAGUGUAGCAAGUGCUGUUGACAGCAACAGUUUAAUAUCGGCAGAAGGUUUGGAAUAUAUGGGCAGAAGAAGUAAAAGAUCAAUAAUAAAUCAACAACAACAACAGCAGCAAUUGUUGAGGACGGUGAAAGGUCAACAAACUCAAAAUGACGAACAUGUUCUAAAUAAAACUUAUAUUGUUAAGGGGAGAAGGGGUUCACAGCAACAACAACAACACCAGCAUUUCUAUGAGUCCUCUAAUUCUCCUUCUACUCCGAACCGUGAUGUAUCCACUUCGAAUACUUAUCAAAUACAUCAUACCGAUGAAUCAGAAAUUUAUACCCAGCAUACCCAAGAGGAACGUGAACGAGCCAAAUGGUGUUAUAACCAAAACCAGGAUAGUCACAGUAAACAUUUGCAACAACAAUAUGGUCCAGGAUGGCUAAGUCGUGGUCUCCAUGAUUUAAAGGAUAGUGAAGAUGAUACUCAAUCUCUGCAAUCUUCUUGCUAUCUUAGAGGACAAAAUGCUCCCAUAGAACCACACGUAAUGGCCGAACGUUUGGAUAAGAAACGCAAAGCUGCUGAGUAUCACAUGGCUAUCAAACAACAGCUGCAGGAACGAGAAUCCAUGCGCCGAUGGGAAUUGGAAAGACAUAGACAGGAAGAGCUACUGGAAGAAGAGCGUGUAAGAAAACAAAAGCAAAUGGAGCAAGAACGUUUGGAUAUGGAAAGAAGACAGCAGUUAGAAAAGGAAGAAAUGCAAAAGAGGAAACAGCAAGCCAUGCUAGAUGCCAUAGCCAAGGCCGAACAGGCUGCCAAAAUGGAAAAACUAAAGAAAAGGAAUAGGAAGCUACAACAGGAGGAAGAAGAAAGUCAAGAAAUGGAAAGCAAUGAAGCCGUGCGGACUGACGAAUCUAGAGCAGAAAAUCCCAAAGAAUUAUUAAAAGUCCUCUCCAUUGAUGCAGAAGAAGAACAAGCAAGGGUGUCGCAACCUGACACACCAGUUCUCACACAGGCUGAAAAAGAACCGCAACAACAACAGGAGGAAAAGGUUUUAAUCGGCACUCCCAUUAAUCUCAGAAGAGCCUUUAGCAAACCCAUUACCCCAACUCCUACAACAGACACCAAAAAACAAACCACUCCAGCAGGAGAAAAUGUAGUCAUUAUGCAGCCUGCUACACUCAUACCACUGCCAGUUACUUCGGAUAUUUUGGGGUUGCAGACUGCUAUAGGUAAUCUACAAAUUGCCACUUAUCUAAUGCAGCAACAUCUUAAGCCUACCACAGCAGCCUCAACAACAGACGAUUUUUCAAAAACAACAGGAGGAGCUUAUACCCAGAGGACCGAUACUUCCAUUUACACCGAAGAUGGUUAUCAACCGGAUAAGGUGGAAGACAUAGAAAAAGGUACCCAAACCGUCAAUGAUAUAUUUGAAAACCAAGGAAAACCUCAAGAGAAGAGUACACGCGAGAAUCUGGGAAAACAGGUGGAGUUUGCCGAACCCGAGGAAGAUUCAAAUAAACUGGCAUUAAUACCCUUAAUCAAUCGUUCCAAGCAAUCGCUCAGUGAAUCCUCAGAGGACUCGAAGGACCAACAAGAGUCCAAAAUUAGUCAAGAUGUGGAGACACAAACAGAAUUACCACUAAACUGUGAUCUAUGCCUGUUCCACGACAACUUUUAUAAAGUUUUGCUAAAACGCGAAGUCUCCACUACCACCACUACUCAUACAGCCAAGACAAAAACCAAACCUGCCAAAGAAGCUGAUAAAGAUCAUGAGACCACUACCACUACUACGACCACAACAACCACUACUUUCAAGGCCAAAUCUAAAGAUAAAGAUAAAAAACGUAACCCCAAAGAGGCCCACAACAAAAUAGAUGAACGUCCUAAAUGGGGUGUUAACCGGCCCAUAGUGCAAUAUGUCAAGGCCAGUGAUCGUGAUCCCUUUUGUUUGCGCAACAAGAAAAAACAUUGUCAUACAGCAGCCAAUAGUAAACAUUCACGUUCUCAAUCGGUAGACUCAAGACUGGAUAAUCAUGCCAAAGUUUGUAAUGAUAAAGAUGAAAAUGAGGAAAAUAAUGAGAGUGAAAACUCCGCCGCCGAGCAGGAAGGGUUCCUCCUAAAAGCACGCAAUGUUUGUACUGAAAUCCUACCCAUUAAAACCGAUGAAAAGGGAAGAAUAUUUUUGAAUUUUCGAGAAGCUAGCGCUAUAAUGAAUGAAGAUGAAAUUAAAGAGAAAUUAAGGCAAAAAUACUUUAAUUUUGGCAGGAUUUUACCCCGACGUAGUUGGGCCUCAGCUACCCAACAUGCUGGCAUAAAUUAUACCAUUGCAGGAGUGGGGGAUAUAAAUGGAGAUUGA